CCCGAGGCGCCGCGCUCCGGGCCGGGCUCAUGUGCGUGCGGCCCGCCUCAGGCCGCCCGGGCUUCGCCUCCGCCCGCGCCCCGCCCGGGCCUCCGAGGAGCCGCCGCCACCCCCGGCCCGCGGGGCAGUUGUUGCAGAUGGGAAGAUAAAUCUGUUUCCUGUUAUUCCAUCUUGGCCAGAAGCAAAUGUAUCAAAACCAGAGGUUUUGAAUGAAGGCUGGAGGGGCCUGCCGGGCCAGGCAGGGACGUGGUCCUGUGGCCAGAGCCAGCCCUCUGCUGCCUGGAGUGCGGAGCCUCUUGCAUUCACCUGCCGGCCUUCUUAUCUGCCAACUAAAGAGCUCUGUGGCCGUCACGAUGUUCUGGAAGUUUGACUUGAAUACCACGUCCCAUGUCGACAAGCUGCUGGACAGGGAGCAGGUGACGCUGCAGGAGCUGAUGGAUGAAGACGACAUCCUGCAGGAAUGUAAGGCUCAGAACAGGAAGCUUCUGGACUUCCUGUGCAGGCCACAGUGUAUGGAGGAGCUGGUGAGCCUCAUCACGCAGGACCCACCUCUGGACAUGGAAGAGAAGGUCCGCUUCAAAUACCCCAACACAGCCUGUGAGCUUCUGACUUGUGAUGUGCCACAGAUCAGCGACAGGCUAGGCGAGGACGAGAGUCUGCUGAGCCUUCUGUACGACUUCCUGGACCAGGAGCCGCCACUCAACCCUCUGCUGGCCAGUUUUUUCAGCAAGACCAUUGGCAACCUCAUUGCAAGGAAAACUGAACAGGUGAUUACAUUCUUGAAGAAGAAGGACAAGUUCAUAAGCCUGGUGCUGAAGCACAUGGGCACCUCGGCCCUCAUGGAUCUGCUGCUACGCCUGGUCAGUUGUGUGGAGCCAGCUGGGCUCCGCCAGGAGGUCCUACAUCCCAUUCAGGAGCAAAGAGCAUGCAGGUUUCUUCUUCCUCAACACUCUCUGGCCCCUGCUGUUUACAGAAACCAGUGGCUUAAUGAAGAAAAAAUCAUCCAGAGACUCGUAGAACUGAUCCAUCCGCAUCAGGAUGAAGACAGGCAGUCAAAUGCUUCUCAGGCACUCUGUGACAUCGUCAGGCUGGGCAGAGACCAGAGCAGUCAGCUACCAGAGGCUCUGGAACCAGAUCCCCUCCUCACAACAUUGGAAUCGCAGGACUGUGUGGAGCAGCUGCUGAAGAACAUGUUUGAUGGAGAGCAGACCGAGAGCUGCCUGGUCAGUGGGACGCAGGUGCUGCUCGCCCUGUUGGAGCCCAGGCGGGCAGGGACAGAGGGCUUGGUGGACUCCUUUUCUCAGGGACUGGAAAGGCCACAUGCUGUCAGCAGCAGUGUCCUGCAUGGCAUCGAGCCUCGGCUGAAGGACUUCCACCAGCUGCUGCUCCACCCGCCAAAGAAGAAGGCGAUCCUAACCACUGUCGGCGUCCUGGAGGAGCCCCUGGGCAGUGCCCGCCUGCAUGGGGCACGCCUUGUGGCCGCUCUGCUGCACGUGGACACGCCCAGCAUCCACCAGGAGCUCUGCCGGCUCAGCACCAUGGACCUGCUGCUGGACUUGUUUUUUAAGUACACCUGGAAUAACUUUUUGCACUUCCAAGUGGAGCUAUGCAUAGCUGCUAUUCUCUCCCACGCUGCCCCGGAGGAGAGGGCAGAAGCCCAUGGAUCCCAGAGCAGGGUGGAGCCACCCCAGGGGAGCGGGAACGGGAACAGGAGCCUGGAGACCCACCAGCCCAUCGCCAAACUCCCCGAGAACACGAUGGUGACCCAUCUGUUCCAGAAGUGCUGCCUGGUGCAGAGGAUCCUGGAGGCCUGGGAAGCCAAUGACCAUGCACAGGCGGCAGGUGGCAUGAGGCGUGGGAACAUGGGCCACCUCACGCGCAUCGCCAAUGCAGUGGUGCAGAACCUGGAGCGGGGGCCUGUGCAGACCCACAUCAGUGAGGUCAUCCGAGGGCUUCCUGCAGAUUGCCGUGGACGCUGGGAAAGCUUUGUAGAGGAGACGCUGACGGAGACCAACCGCAGGAACACCGUGGACCUGGUGAGCGCUCACCACCUUCACUCCUCGAGUGAGGACGAGGACGUUGAGGGUGCUUUCCCUAACGAGCUGUCCCUUCAGCAGGCCUUCUCCGAGUACCAGAUCCAGCAGAUGACAGCCAACUUCGUGGAUCAGUUUGGCUUCAGUGAUGAGGAGUUUGCAGACCAGGAUGACAACAUCAACGCCCCAUUUGACAGGAUUGCAGAGAUCAACUUCAGCAUUGAUGCCGACGAGGACAGCCCCAGCGCAGCUCUGUUUGAAGCCUGCUGUAGUGACCGCAUCCAGCCUUUUGAUGACGAUGAGGAGGAGGACAUCUGGGAGGAUGAGGAGACUCGCUGCACUGCCCGGGUGGUGUCCAGAGCCAGGUUUGGGGCCCCCCACACCUCAGAACACUGCUCAAAGAACGCCCUGGAGCAUGGAGGCCAGGACAGAAAGGCGGGUUCCGAGGCAGACAGGACCGCGCCUAGGGCAGGCAUCCUCCUGCCCCCCGCGCAGAACGGAGGUCCCCCCUCGGAGAGUGCCUCAGAAGCAGGUGCUGCAUGGACAGCAGUGUUUGAUGAGCCAGGGAACCCGACGACCCCAGCCCCCAGAGCUGUGAAGGACGUGGGUUCCAGUGUGUGGGCGGCCAGCACCUCCACUCCAGAGGAGAAGGGCUGGGCCAAGUUCACCGACUUCCAGCCUUUCUGCUGCUCCGAGUCAGGGCCUAGGUGCAGCAGUCCCGUGGAUGUGGACCAUAGCCAUGUGGAGGCAGGCCAGAGCCCAGACCCAGGGACAUCCUCUGGUCCUGCCUCCCCUUGCGCAUGGAACGUGUGUGUCACCGGGAAGGCCCCCCUGGUGACCUCUGAUGGUGAGGACAAUGAGCAGAAGGUGGCUGGCACUAUGGGAGCUGUGAGCACAGGCCCAGGCCGAGAGGGAUUCCUGCCACCCAGGACAGAGGCAGCUGCUGUUGGCAGAGCCAAGUGUGCCAACAGCACACCGUUGGGGCCUGCCUGCCUCGUGCCCUCAGAAGCAACCUCCACCCCAACUGUGGCCACACCUCCCAAGGCCACUGUGGCGGCCACUGCACUCGACAAAGCAAGUCCUCCCAUGGCUGCCCCAGUGGUCUCUCCUGCAGUGGCUGUGUCAGUGCCCCCAGGGCCCAUCAUGGUGGUCCCCACAGCAGCCCCAGCCACAGUGGCCACCAUGGGGACAGCAACAAAAGACAGGAAGACUGACGCCCCACCAGAAGGAGCUGCCUUAAAUGGUCCUGUGUAACGCUGCUGCCACUGGCCGUGGUUCACCCUGGUCAGGCUGCAUCCUUAAUCAAGAAAACUACCUGGUGAUGCAAUUUGUUCUCCUUUUUUUUUUUUUUUUAAUUUAAUUUAAUUUAAUUUUAAAAUAAAUGCUGCACUGGUAAAGCUGGCAGUUGGAACCAGUCGGACAACCCAGCUGGUGUCUCUCCUGCCUGACCCAGAGUCUCUCGGGCCCUGCUGGAGGACAGGACACACUGGCCGUCCCCCAGGUCCAGGCCCCAGCACAGCAAUAAGGUCUCAGACAUGAUGGCUGCCUGCAGGAGCUGGGGUUGGGGGCAAGACCCUGACGUGCCACAAGGACUUGGAAGGGCAGGAGGGGUGGACGCCAAGGCUCUUUUCACCGAUCCUUUUUAACGCAUGCAGGAAGAGUGGAGUUUUUUUGCACUUUGUAUCCAGCUCCAACACAGGGUCUCUCCUGGCUCAGGGCAGAGGUGAGGGCCUGAGCUGGGGAGGCCUGACCUCCACAAACGUGGGUCAGGUUCCAAGAUUGCUGCUGCCUGAUGGCCCUAGGAGCUGGCAUCAGGCAUCUUAACCAGGCUACAACUUUUGACUGCCUUAAAAAAAAAGACCCUCUGGGCCUGGUGGGCUUGUCCCCUGGGGCCAGCAGGGCAGGCCAGCACCCUGGGGGUGGGGGGGUGGGCGGUGCCUGGCAAGAACUGACCUCAGGCAUGUAGAAUGGGCACAGCAGGGUGUGAGGGCUUGGUGAGUGGUGGACUGCACUGUUGUCCUGGAGGGUUCUGAAAGGUUAUUUUACAUUGAAUUAUUUUUUAAUGUUCUGAUCAUCUGACAGGGCACCCCAAGCCCCUGACCCCAAUAAAAGUCAUGUCAUUCUUACUGA